UCCCUACCUCUAUUGAGUGGGGGCCUGUCCAUUCUAUUAUGUCAGUGUGUUUAUCUUCUUUUAAAAAAACCCCUCCAUCUUUCUUUUGCUGUGUGUUGCUGUUGUGAACGGUUCUAUUACAAAAAUCCCAUCAAAUCUUAGCCAUCUUUCAAUUUCCAAUGUAUUUAAACAUCCGAAAAGCCUUCGCCCUCUAUCCUCUAUUAAAAUGAGUGAAGAUUUCCAAAGCGAUUGUACAGAAACCAAAACUUUAACCCCAGAAGAGAGUCGGGCCCUAGAAUACCAGAAUUCCCGUGUUGUAAGCGACCACAAAGCAAAUUUACUAGAAAUCCAAGCUAAAAAGCAUUGGGACUUAUUUUACAAGAGAAACGAAACACGUUUUUUCCGAGACAGACACUGGACCACCAGGGAGUUUUCUGAACUAUUGGGGGACAAUGGGCCCCAGGACGAAAAGGUAUUAUUUGAAAUCGGUUGUGGAGUUGGAAACUUUAUUUAUCCUUUGCUAGAAGAAAAUUUCAAUUUGAAGGUUGUCGCUUGUGACUUGUCUCCUCGGGCAGUGGAGUUUGUUAAGAGCAAUCCCUCAUAUACACCUGAAAGAAUCAAAGUGUUUCCAUGCGAUAUCACUUCUAAUGAGGUCUUUGAUAACGUUCAAGCUGACUCCCUUGAUAUAGCCACUCUAAUAUUUGUUCUCUCAGCCAUUCACCCCAAUAAGUUCCUUGCAUGUUUACAAAACAUAUUUAAGCUUCUUAAGCCUGGUGGACUUUUGCUAUUUCGGGACUAUGGUUUGUUUGACAUGGCACAACUAAGAUUUAAGCCAGGGAAUAAAAUAUCUGAAAACUUCUAUAUGAGGCAUGAUGGCACUCGAACCUACUUUUUUUCAAUUGAUUUUGUUAAACAAUUGUUUGAGGAGGCCGGUUAUAUAAUUCAUGUAAAUUCUUAUAUACAUCGAAGGACUGUAAAUAAGAAGGAUAACAUUGAUGUGCCAAGGAUUUUUAUUCAAGUAAAGGCACAGAAGCCAAAAUGAGUGGAAUUAUGACUAUAUGAUGAUUUUGGUUUUUGUAUUUGGGAAUGCUGAUGAAUACUAGGACUAAAAGACACUUCAUAAGAUCAGAAAAAAGGCAUCACUGCAACAGGAUGGUUUGUCAAAGGAAUAUUAAAAUAAAAUACCAGCUUUACUAAGGAGCAACAUAGGGUUAAUCUACUAUGGAAUCCUCUACUGUGAAAGAAGAAGAUAUUUCAAAAGAUUAUAAUGAUGCAUAAUUGACUGCAAACUGGAACAAAACAUUUGUUGGAAAAAACACUUAGGAGGAAAUGUCUCUUAUCCCUAACACAAUAAGAUCGGUUUUUGAUGAGCUAACAAGAACGUUAAACAUUUCUUAAGGAUUAUGUUAAGAAUAUUUUGAGAUAAAAUAAUAAAUAUUCGGUUAA